CAGGCGCAUAUACAUACAAAUUUUCUGUCUCUAUAUCUCCCCUCUCCAAACACACACAGAUAAAAUCUCCACACUCCAAUACAGUAGACAUAGACCCUAGCAAUUUGUGGAAACCGCGCAAUACUUGCUGCGCUCUCUCUGUAAAAUUCGUGUUUGUUGAUAACAACCUAUAAAUUCGGGUUUCAGUCUAUUUAUUUAGUCAUUGAUACGCACGGACUGUUAUUUUGAUUAUUUUGUGGAGUAUUUUUGCGUGUUAGUAGAAUGAUGAAACCCCAGUGAUUUAGGAUUUUGCUAUCAUAGCCGCGUUGGAUGAAUUUUUGGGCGGGGGUUUGAUUUUAUAUUCUGAGAUUUCCCCUGAGGGCUCUGUUUGAGGAAUUGCUUUGUGGUGAUAGCCUUAUGUUUCUCAUGCGUUGUUCUUAUUGAACAUUGAGGCCUUGAGAAGCUUGGGCUAUUGCUUCUAUCAGAAGAGCGGAUUGGUUACUAAAAUUUUGAAUUCUGGAUUAUGCUACAUUUAAUCUUUGUUUGGUGUGAAAAUACGGAUAUAAUUAGGCAUUUGGGACGUUCAAGUGGAUUCAUGGCUGUUAAUAUAACCAGAGGAAUUGAAUUUGUUUCCACUUGCUCUUUUAUAUGAUAAUGCUUAACACUACUUAUGGAGAGAAGUCAGCCCACUUUAGUACCUGAAUGGCUCAAAAAUGCUGGAAACUCGACAUCUCAUUCAGAUGAUCACCCAGCAUCAAAGGCUUCUUGGAAUAAGUCCUCUUUGAAUGGCAAAGGUCAUGAUCCUGGACGAUCUUCUAGUUCCGAAAGAACUACUUCUUCAUAUUUCCAACGGAGUUCUAGUAGUAACAGCUCAGGUACUUUUAGGUCAAACAGUAGUUUUGGGAGGAGCCAGCGCGACAGGAACUGGGAGAAGGGCGCAUAUGGUUCUCAUGAUCACGACGACUCAUUUAUGGGUGGCCGACGCCAUCGAAAAUUUUCAGACCAACUGGUAGAUCCUUCAUUAGGUAAUUUUGAGAGGGAUGGUUUAAGACGUUCUCAGUCCAUGAUUUCUGCGAAACGUGGGGAUGCAUGGCCUAAGAAAGUUGCUGCUGACUCAGGCAGCACCAGUGUAAAGAUUUUGAACGGUUUGCGCACCACAGGCAGCCCUGUUUCCGGGGUGAGGAAAGCUGCUUUUGAGAGAGAUUUUCCGUCAUUAGGAGUAGAUGAAAGAGCAGUCAUUUCUGAUAUUGGAAGAGUACCAUCUCCUGGUUUAAGUUCUAUUCAGAGCUUACCUAUUGGUACUUCUGCUUCUUUAGGUGGUGAAAAAUGGACAUCGGCUUUGGCAGAGGUUCCUAUGUUAGUUGGAAGCAAUGGAACUGAAUCAUCAUCUGUGCUUCAAGCCACUUCAUCAAGUUCUGCACCAGUGGCUUUGGGUUCAGCUACCAGCCUCAAUAUGGCUGAAGCUGUGGCUCAGGGUCCUAGUCGUUCCCAGACUACCCCACAGCUAUCUGUUGGAGCGCAGAGACUUGAGGAGCUUGCACUCAAGCAAUCUAGGCAAUUAAUUCCAGUGACUCCGACAAUGCCAAAAGUUUUGGUGUUGAAAAAUUCUUCAGACAAAUCAAAGGGCAAAGUGGGUAGCCAGCAGCCUUCCAUCUCUUCACCACUUCCAGUAAAUCACUCUCCUCGUGGUGGGCUAGUAAAGAGUGAUGUUUCAAAAACAUCUAAUGUUGGAAAGCUCCAAGUUCUAAAGCCAGUGCGAGAAAAGAAUGGUGUUGGCCCUGUUGUAAAGGACAACUUGAGUCCAACUAGUGGUAGUUCCGUUGCUGGUUUUCCGUCUGUUUCUGGGUCUGCAGUAAGCAAGCCCCCCCCUAGCUAUGCAGUCCCUGACCGUAAGCCUGUAUUAACUUUGCUGGAGAAGCGGCCUUCCUCUCAAGCUCGAAGUCGAAAUGAUUUUUUUAAUCUAGUGAGAAAGAAAUCUAUGGCAAACCCUGCUUCUGCUGAUUCAGCUACUGCAAGCACCUCUUCUGAGUUGGAGACUGGCUCUUCUCUUUCACCAUCCCUUUCUAAUAAACAUGCUGAAAUGGAUGUCAUGCCCGCUACAAGUCAGCCUGUGGAAGUUCCAUUGAGUUUAAGCCUGGAAUCUGAGGAGAAAGCUGGUUCAAUCUGCAAUGGUGAUGCUUAUGAUGUGCAAAAAUGUGUGAGCAACGGUAAGAAACAUCCUAGCUCCGACCGUAUCAUUUCUGAGGACGAAGAGGCUGCUUUUCUUCGUUCUUUGGGCUGGGAGGAAAAUAACGAUGAGGAAGGUCUCACUGAAGAAGAAAUCACUGCUUUCCGCAGGGAUUUGACUAAGUACAUCAAUUCAAAACCAUCCCCUCGAAUACUGCAGCUUGUACAGCUCUUGACCCCCUUCGACUCGCAACUUGAGGGUAUUGAUGAAAUGAGUUCAUCAGAUGAUAAAUCCGAACCUUGAAGAGGUAAUCUGAUCUUGUUUAUUUGGCUGAGAGGCAUUUCUGGCAGCCAACUAAGAAAAAAUCUGGGCAGUUUUGUUGUUUUCUGGAGAUUGAUAGGAAUAAACGAUGAUCCUUCUUUAUGAUCAUUUUCCCUCUGAGUAGAGGAUUUGAGUAAAGAGAAUAGAAAUAGAUUUUGAUCAAGUUACUACAAGACAUGCAAGUCUUGACAGUUUUGGUUCCUUCCAUUUUUUCAUGAAUAGAACAGAUGUUUUCAUUUAUCUAUCAGAAAUGGAAAAGAAAAGCAAGAAUUUACUGACUGCA